AAUAAUAGUAUCCCAUCAUGCUCCUUCAGACAAAACCUGACAAUCUACAAUUCCGGCGUCCGGCCAUGUUUCUUUUUCGCCCGCCGACGCUAAUCUCCAACUACAACAUCAUUACAAUUUAAAUUUUAGAGGAUACUCUUCCCCUAAACUUGCUUCAGCAUCUAGAUUGUGAUAUCGAACUGGACUGAUAAAUAUUUUUGAAAAGUCUUUGAGACUUUUAAAAAUCAGGAUACCAUAAUUCGAGAUUCUCUUGAGCAUGUAAAUGAGUACGUCGGAGCGUACUGGAGUAUUCAGAAUUUCAUGAACUUCUGAAAGCUUCAAAAUAUCAGGAUACCUUAUUCCAUUAUGCUUUUGAGCAUGUAAACACUUUGAGUUGAAUCAAGUGAUUUGGAAUUCUAAGAAGAACUGAAGGUUAUAGAAAAGCAGAUUGGAAGAAAACCAAUAGGAUUCUGUAGGAUUUUCUAAAGCCAUGACAGAAGACAGAAAUGGAGCCAUUUUCCUACAUGAUUAUGCAAAAAAGGUGGACGACUCAGACAGUGAUGAAGAGGAACUUCUCUCUGAAUCCAACAGUGAUUCUAGUGAAGAUUUAGACCAAGGCUUGGCCAAUUAUGAUGAAAGUUCUGGGGAUGUAUUGGUACAAUAUUGUUCAAGCGAUACUGAAAAUAUAAUCUAUUGUAGUUUUCCAGCCUUAGAUAGUCUAGGAGGAAAAAUAAAUGAAGUGACUGUAGAAUCCAGUGAACCUAUCAAUGCAGUUGCAAAUGAAAUAAAUCAUCUUAGCAAAUCAGUUACAGGUGAACUAGAUGGAGGAUUUUGUAAAUCAAUUGAAAAUAAAAGAAUAAUUAUUUUUGAUGAGGGGCAAGUCUAUGUACAAGAGAAUGAUGGAAAUUUGAUUGAUGAGGAAAGUAUAGGUGAUCCUGCUAGGGAUGUAGCGGUAGAUCAAAGAGUUCUAGCCUGUUGGUUCUGUGAUGAUACGUUCACUUCAGAAUCAUCCUUGAGUAGACAUCAUUCCAAAAAACAUAAAAAAUUAAAAGAAAUGCUAAAAGUUGGGAACACGAAAAUAAAGUGCAAACAAUGUGAUGAAUUUGUAAUGUACUCUAAGAUGCACGAUCAUAUGGCGAGUCACUUGCCUGAAGAUAACAAGUGUCCGUAUUGUAAACUGCUCUUCCGGUCAUUGAAGCGUUUGAGGAAGCAUGUCAAUACACACAAAAAUUCUGAACAAAGUUGUCACUAUUGUGGGUUGCAGUUCACGAACAACCGGAACAAAAUGAUUCACAUCACAAAGAUGCACAAAGAAUUAUCAUCACAAGAAACAAUGGAGUAUUUGUGUGAUGUAUGUGGAAUUCAGUUUCAUUAUUUACAAAAACUUAGAAUUCACCGGAAGGAGGAGCAUUUCAAGACAGCUGAGUUACAUGGAUCAGAGUUUAGCAAUGCUGGUAAUAAGUUGGGUCACUUGACAUUGCACAGUAAGGAUUCGCAAGUCGAUUUGUGCAAAGAUUCUGGUCAUCAACCGUUGCAUGAAAACCAGAGUGACGUUGCCUGUGAAACGUGCUCAAAGUCUUCUCAAAUUGAGUUAGAAUAUGACGUACCUUUUCAUGAGGAGGAAGAGGAGGAUCAAGAUGCAGUUUGUGGUGGUCAAAAGUUGCAUGAAAACCAGAAUGACGUUGCCUGUAAAACGAGCUCAAAGUCAUCUCAAAUUGAGUUAGAAUAUGACGUGCCUUUUCAUGAGGAGGAGAAGGAGGAGGAUCAACGAAAACCUUACAUUUGUGAGGUGUGCUCGAAACAAUUUCAUGAGAAGCGUUUUCUCCGAAAGCAUAUGGUUUGUCAUUCAGACUCGCGGCCAUACUUAUGUUUUUGUGGUGCAUCGUUCAAACGGCGACUUAAUUUACAGCGACACACCAAAAAGCAACACGAAAUUCCCGAUAAUAACACAUUUCAGAUGGUGAUGAGCAAAUCUUGUCAGACAGCACUCCACACCGAUUUCCUCAAAGUGAAGAAAUUUCAAAUAGUGAGCAAAUCAUGUUGAAAAAUUCAGAUUACACCAAACAACGACAGGAUGUUCUCCACAGUAAGCAACUCUCAGAUGAUGAGCAAUUCUCAUCUAACAGCACACCAAACCUCAAGACACAUCAAGUCACAUCUAAAGAAACAAAACUACAAGAAGCUUCUCACAGCAAACAGAAUUCAGAUGAUGAGAAACAAAUCUCACCAAAUAAAAGGCAGCCGCUAGUAGGUGACACAAAAUUUGUGUGUAGCAUUUGUAAGCGGGUCCUGAAGACCGAAUUGAAACUUCGUUGGCAUGUGGCCCAGCACAAAGGGGAGAAGAAGCCUUUCGAAUGCGAGCAAUGUGGUCGUUGCUUUUCCAAGUUGAUCUAUUACAAGACUCACCUGCUGAAGCACACGGGUGAGCGUCCCUUCCGCUGUUCAGACUGCAAGCAGGGAUUCCGCAGCCGGUCCACUCUGCAAGAGCACAUCAAACAUCUUCACUUGAAGAUCUACUCCUGCAGAUGCAACCAGUGUGGACAGCUAUUCAAACACCGCAAUGCGCUCAUCUCUCACAGAAUGGUUCAUACAGGCGAGAAGCCUUACUCAUGCCACAUGUGUGAUCGCAAAUUUAUGCAGAACGGCAGCCUUAGCAAGCAUUUGAAAUCAAAGCAUGAGGUUACAGACUCAACUGACUCUACCAUAGAAUUGGAGCCAACGAUAGAUGAUAUACUGACUUUCACUGUUUCUGACAAUGAAUCCAUGAAAACGUAAGAAUUCAAUAUCCAUGAAAACUGGAAUAUCCAUAAAAAUGUAUUAGCAAUAUUAGCAAAAAUGUAUCAAUUUAGCAUUGAUGGAAGCCGCUGACAAUUCUUUGCCAAAAGCCUACAGAGCAUUUUUUUAAUCACUUUUGGAUAGUCGAUGGAAUGCUUUUACCAGGUAAAUGGAUAGCAAUGUAACUUUUAUAUCAUAGGUUUUAUUAUUUAAUGAUAAUGUACAACAUCUAUAUAAGUCUCUCAGGUAGCGGCUUAUAGUAGAGAUAUAUAGAGAUAAAUGGUCUCUAUUGCUUCUAAAUAAUUUAGUUUAUAUAGAUUUGGUUAUGAUUCUUUGUGUACCUCGGUAUCAAAGAUAAUAAAAAUAUUUCUUGUCAUAUUCUAACUCUCUUUGCUUAUUUAUUCAUGGAGACAACAGGUAAAAAAACCAUUUUGCCUCCUUCACACUAUACAAUAAUUUCCAACAUAAUACAAUUUUCAAUAAAAAGAAGAUAGAAAAUAAUAAAUAAAUUAUAAAAAUAGCUAAUUAUAAAAUUAUGAGAAUGAAAUAAGAUGAAAAUAUAAGAUAUAUUU